UCUUGGUUUCGCUUCUGCCAAGCUCUCUCUUCCUCUUCCAUUCUCCAUGGCUCCCAAGGCCGAGAACUCUUCUCUCUCUACUUCUUCAGACACCGAAUCCAUGGAUCCCCUUCUCCAUCUCUUGAAGAUCCUCCCUUUCUCUUUCCUUAGAGUCCCAAAACUCAGGCUGAAGCUCCCCUCUCUCUCUCUGCCCUCGUCCAUGACUGUCUUCUCUCUGGUUUUGCUCACUUACUUCCUGGUUAUCUCUGGUUUCGUCUAUGACGUUAUAGUCGAGCCUCCUGGCAUAGGAAGUACCCAAGAUCGAGCUACUGGUGCAGUGAAACCAGUGGUUUUCAUGUCAGGUAGGGUUAAUGGCCAAUACAUUAUAGAGGGCCUUUCUUCUGGCUUCAUGUUCGUCCUUGGAGGAGUUGGGAUCAUUUUAAUGGACCUCGCGCUGGAUAAGAACAAGGCUCGGAGCGUUAGGGUUUCUUUUGCAGCGACUGGUAUCACAUCGGUGCUGAUUGCCUAUGUUAUGAGUAUGCUCUUUAUUCGUAUCAAAAUCCCUGGAUAUCUCAGAUAGAGAAGAGAAAUGGUCAUGUUCCAUGUUUUGGUUAGGGUUUCUGCCCUAGAAAAUGUGGUGGAUUCAGGAAUUUUACUCUUUUACCUGUGUUUUACAUGUGUUAUUAGGGUUUUUGAAGCCUUUUGUGUUCUCUGAGGCAAAUUUUGGUGAUUAAGAAAUGCUUACCUUUCAUUUAUUUGUUAGUUAUUUUAGCAUAUGCAGUGAAAGGUGAUAGGAAACCCUAAAUGUAGGUUUUCUUGAUUGGGAACGGAUGAAUAAUACACUGAAAAAAUUGUAGGUUGUUGGGUUGUUACUGCUUCUUUUUCUCACUAAAUAGUGUGGUAUUUCUCCGCUUGUUAUGA